AUGCCAGCAUCUGAAAAGAUUGCAUAUACAUUGGAUAAGACACCUCCAAAAGAGACUCCUGUUAAUGCCACCCUUGAUGAGUUGGAAAAUCUUGAAAAAUGGUUGGACCAUAAUCUUCAAGCAAGAUGUUAUAUGUUGGCUUCAAUGUCAAAGAACUGCAAAGGAACCAUGGAAAAGGAAAAAUCUGUUUUCCUUGUGGGUUCAUCUUCUGGAUCCAAGAAAAGACCCAAGAAAAAGGGAAAGAAGCAUUCUGCAAUUAUGAAGAAGAUCAAGCCUAAUAAGAAGGCAAGACCUACAAAAUCUAAUCAGUCAGAACAUGUUUAUUUCCACUAUAAUAAGCCUGGACAUUGGAGGCGCAAUUGUAAGGAGUAUCUUGCUCAAAAGCAUUUUGGAAAAGAUGAUGGCAAGAAGUAA